UUAGUCUUCCAUACUACUUGGUCGAUGCAUGUACGUAUGUACGUGUCGUGUUGGCAAUACCAUGAUAAGCGGUAUAACCUGUGCAACGUAAUGCUCUUAUUACGGCCGACAGUGUAAUUUACAUACAGUUGAAACAACUCAUUCUACGCGACUGAAUUGAAUGGCAACGUGAGAAAAUGGUGUAAGAAAACAAUUGCGACGGGAGUAAAUUCUGCUGUUGUAAAGCAAUAAGAAUUGCAAGAUGGAAAGUUGUACAGAGAAACAAAUACACAAAAUGGGAACGUUAUUUGAAAAACAUUUUACGAUCUCGUCUGAAAAAGAUACUCACACGUUUCCCGAGCCAGAGUCUAUGUUCAAGGAGCCGCAGUGGCAGCUAGAUAGCCUGCAGACACUGAAGAGUAACUUAAACGAGGUGAAAAGUCGGCUGAAUAAUUUCAAUCUGUUUGAGUGGCAGAAGCACACGACUCAGAUGAACAAAGCAGGCAGCAUUGUGGGUCAUGUGAGAAAAUUUACACAGCCGGAAUUGUUGACUCAAGCUUGGUGCAAGUUCUACGAAAUCGCUUGCAGUUUCCCGUUGGUGCCGAUGGAUGAGAUUCGGCGUGAAGGGGAUCAUUUCAUGUCUGUGCAUCUUUGCGAGGCGCCAGGUGCCUUCGUGGCCGCAUUGAACCACUGGCUAAAAACAAACGCGCCUGAUGUGCAAUGGAAUUGGCUUGCCAGCACGUUGAAUCCCUACUGCGAAGAGAAUCCAUACGACAGGAUGGUCGCGGACGACAGAUUUAUCAGGCAUACUCUGAAGCAUUGGUGCUUUGGCGCCGACAAUACGGGCGACAUCAUGGACCUGAGAAAUCUAGACGCUCUAGUGGAGAGAGCGUCCAUGUCUCGCGAUCAGCGACAACGUACCCUACUGGUCACCGCAGACGGCAGUAUAGACUGCAUAGACGUGCCGGGAGAACAGGAAAGCGCCGUGGCACAGUUACACCUGUGCGAGACGGUGGCCUGCAUGCAUCUCCUGCAGAAAGGCGGCAACUUUUUGUUGAAGCUGUUUACUCUGUUCGAGCACUAUUCCGUAUGCUUAAUGUAUCUACUGUCCUGCAUCUUCCAUCAGGUCACCGUGACGAAACCAGCGUCUAGCAAAGCAGGCAAUUCCGAGAUGUUCGUCGUCUGUAUGAACUUCAAGGGAAGGGACUACGUGGCACCGUAUUUAAACAUUCUCCGACAGCAUUACGGUAACGUGUUACCCACGAAAGCGAUGUUCAAUUUGCAGGAUAUUCCGAAUGAUUUCCUGCGAAGGAUCGAGCAGUGCAGUGAAUUCUUCAAGAAUCACCAGUGCCAAGUCAUACGGGAUAACAUACGCGUGUUUCGCGCAGAAAAUUACAACGAUGUCAAGCUAAAGCGAACCAAACGAAUCGUCGCUGAUAAGUACGUGAAAGAUUGCAGAUUGAGUCAGAUGGAUCCGGCGAAUGAGAUAGUCGGUCGAGAGAUAAUAGAAAAGAGUAACAGCUGUUUCAUGAAUAAAAAGUUGCGUUUUAAUUCUUACAACGAGCGUAAGAGGCAAGAUUUGAGUCCGCGAGAGCGUUUAUUGCACACAUGGAACGAAGUGAAAGACGUUGACUUGGAAAUGGAAAAAUUUUACACCUGGCAUCCUCUAGCAUUCUCGGCAACUCUGGAGAUACAAACGGGGAAAUUGUUUAGUAAAAUACGCAGCUCGCGAUUUUGCGAUACGAGAAUUCUGCAAAUGUUGAACACGAUCGAUAAUGUGAUGCAAGAUACGCGUUCCACCGUCUGCUUUCCACCUGCAGAAGCGAUUACACAGUUGAGCACGGAACAGCAAAAUGAUCCGAAUUACGAGAUAUUGAGCUUCGAAUUUGUUCAUAAUUACGAUAGUCAUCGGACGAUUACCCAAGUGUCCGAUCGACUGGAUAAACUCCAGACUGGACAAACUCUCAUUCUCCUCGGUUAUUCGUUAUUGACGCAAUUAAAUGUUGGUCUCUUAUACCUUCUGUCAAGUUCCUUCGAGAAAAUCAUUAUAGAGACUUGUGAUAACGAAGGUUAUCGCGUCAAAUUGGAGACUUAUCGGCGCAACGAGAAAAUAAUAAAUAAUUUGCAAGAAAUUCUUGCGGCAUCACAUAACGCACGCAAAGAAAAUAUGGCAGUCUGGUCGAUAGUACCAAUGAUGAUUUUAUAUGAAUAUGAGCAAUUCUCCAUAAUAAUGCAACUUAAUCACCAGAUGGUCAAAGCGUACGCUUGUUAUAUUGUCAAAGUGACAAAAGAUACUGAAAUGUAGCAACAUUUACAUUUGAUGUAAAUUGUUACAUAAUUGUUUCAUAAUUGCAGUCGUACAAUUGAUUGAAAAUAAUUAUAAUCAAAUGUAAAUUUGUAAAUACCGCCGGCGCGGGCGUUGCAAAUACUUUAAUUAUUGUAAAUAAUUAGGUAAAUGCACAAAGUUUCAAUACUUGUAAAAUACAUACGAAAUACAUACGGAAUAACAUAAAGGGCACGUUGGCUGCAUGUAUGGAAAGACAUAAAACUAAAAUAGAAAUGUUUCAGGUCCAAAGUGUUGGUGCUUGUGGAUCGUGUUAUUCACGAUCACUGAUAAUGGUGGAAUGAUCAAUGUCUUGCGAUGUUUAGUGCAUGGAACGGUGACUGAGAUUCCGCUUCACAAAAAUCGCGUUAA